ACCCUAACUGGGUUUGAGAACAGACCGUGUAAUUUAGCAGAAAAAAUCUCUUAGAAUCAAGACAUGGGUUUUCUUAGUAGAAUGCUGUGUUAAGGUGUGACAAACAGUUCAUCGACAAACAGGGACGGUUUAGAUCAGCCUGAGAUUAGCGGACUCGCGCCAAAAAUACACCGAACCAAGAUGGGCAAAUCUGACGACAGUGAAAAGAAGAUUUUGAAUAAGAAACUCAAAGAUGCGGAGAUUAGUGUUCCCAUAGUGUAUGGUAACAUUGCAUUUUGGCUUGGCAAGAAGGCAAACGAGUAUCAAUCUCAUAAAUGGACUGUGUAUGUCCGUGGUGCAACAAAUGAGGAUCUGGGAUUGGUUAUAAAGCGUGCUGUUUUCCAGCUGCAUUCAAGUUUCAACAACCCCACAAGAGUGUUGGAGUCACCUCCCUUUGAGUUGUCCGAAUCAGGUUGGGGUGAAUUUGAGAUUGCCAUCACACUGUUUUUCCACAAUGAUGUUUGUGAUAAGCCAUUGAACUUAUUUCAUCAUUUGAAGUUGUACCCCGAGGAUGAAUCUGGUCCAAUGUCUAUGAAGAAGCCUGUUGUUGUGGAAUCCUAUGAUGAGAUUGUAUUCCCUGAGCCUUCAGAGGGUUUCUUAGCUCGUGUGCAGAAUCAUCCAGCUGUAAACAUGCCUAGAUUGCCUGCUGAAUUUACUUUGCCUCCUCCCGUGCCAGUUGAUGAUGCAACUAAAAAGAAAAGAGGUGACACAAAAUAUAAUCCCCUCAGCCAGUGGUUCAUGAAUUUCUCAGAAGCAGACGAACUUCUACAACUUGCAGCUGCUCGUCAACAGGUGCAAGCUCAUAUUGCUAAGCUCAAACGACAGAUAAGUCUGAUAGAUGGGCAGCAGCAACAAUUGAAAUCUUCCUCUGACCAGUGAAUGUAUAUUAUCAAGAGUUUUUCUGAACCUUCAAAGUGGUUUUGCGGCAGAAUCAUUUGAUGGCAUAAAAAUGUAAUAACAAUACGUAGUUUGUUGACUCAAAAGAAUUAUGUCCUCUCUUUUUUUUUCUCCUUAUAAGUUAUUUGUUGUUCUAGCAAGUUGUCUUCAUCAGAAAAUUUUAGAUGCAUUUCACAACUUUUCUGAUUCGAUCUUUAUAUGCUGAGUAUUUGAUCUAUUGAGUUCUGUAA